GCGUGGCGAGUUGGUCCAAACUGCGAAGAACGGCAAGGGCCGCACGACCAAGGUGUGUGGCCUUCGAUCUGGAUGGCUGUUUGUGGCAUCCGGCUAUGGCCAAACUGCGCGGAGAAGGCCUUGCGCUUCAUGUCUCGUGGCCUGGCGGUGGAG